AUGGAGCCUCGACGUUCUACUCUGUCAGCCUAUUCUUCCUCUAACCCGGUUCCAGCUCCUGACGAACCUGUUGAAGAGAGCGUGCAGUUAAUGUUCACUACGUCCACUGCGGACGUGCCUACGGGCUUAACAACUAGACCUCUCGAAUCCGCAUCUUCGCCACUUUUCAAAAGGAGGCCCAUAAAGCCGCCUUCUGCCUCGGAAGUACAUCUGCAGGCUAUACCGUUCAACGCACAGUCGGUACCCACGGGAGCAACACUCCCUGAGACUUCUGCAUGCACACAGCCAAACCCAAGUAUUGUGUUAGCUCCGCUGUCGUCGGGAGUUGGAUCAACUGAGUCGCCCAUACUCGAAUCUCCAAUCGCACCAGUGCCAAUCAAACCUACAACAGAUGCAACGGUACCGACCAACUAUCAACUAAAGCCACCUCCUGAGGAAGAAUAUUCGAGUGAAGCUGAUGCAGAAGCUGCUAUUCAUGCGUGA